GCACAAAGAUCGAAUAUUCCAAAUUGAGCUCUGGCGUUUUGUAUUUUGUUUUUUUGAAAUUUUCAAAUACUGCCGGCUAAGGAAGCACAAUGGAUGGCUGCCACAACGACAUCUUGGCGCCCCUCAUCCUGGCCAUUAUGGUGGCCAAUGGACACCCGCUCACCCUGGACGAGAUCGUCGAUGAACUGACGGCGGUGAUCAAUUCGCAAACCGAGCUCGCCAUUGCGCAUGAAAAUAUUGGAGACGGAAAACAUAGCCACAAGUCGUAUAAGCCGAGACGAAGGCACUAAGGAUCUUAACAUGCGUUAUGUGCCAAAUUUAAAAUGCAAUAACUUAUUCGAGAUUUGAGUGAAUUUAAUCUCUUGAACUAUAAUUUAUAAUAAACUGAUCGUGUCGGCGGCGACACUUAUUUCCGUCCGUG